AAACCACCACAGCGGAAGGGUCGUCCAUGUCCCAGACCAAAAACCACACCAGGUCCUAAAACACCUGAGUCCAAACCAGUUUCUACUGCAGACUUUGAACCAGUAACGUUCAGCACUGAGGCUUGGGUGACAACACAAGCUCCUAAGCCAUCAAAACGGACCCGUCGUCCACGUCCUAAACCUAAAACCACACCAACUACUGAGGCACCUCAAACCAAAUUGGUUCCUAUUACAGAUCUUGAGCCUGGUACUCCUAGAACUGAAGCUCCAGAAAUCAUAGUUUCUGAAGGCCUGGAAUCUGUUACAUUUAGCACUGAGUCAUCAGAGGGAGCUAGAGCAUCAGCCGAGACAGAUUAUGUAGAUCCCACUUCCAAAGCACCACUCAGGCCAGAGGAGCCAAAGAAUGAAGUUGUGGAAUCUAUUACAAAUGUGUCUGAACCACCCGAGACCGCGUUAGCUCCCAAGCAGACAGCGCGCACUCCUCCCAAAGCAAAAACAUCUCCACGUCCAAGAGUCCCUCAGACACAGCCAGCUCCUAAGGGGUUCCAGCGUGUUACUUCAAAACCAAAAAUGUCACCAAGGCCAGAAGUGUCAUAUACUCCACCUGUUCCAGGAGAUGUGCUCCGUCCCCAGAAACCAGACCACGAAGUCUCUCAGAGCGAGCCUGUUCUGCAGCCCGUUACCUUUAGAAUUGAUCUGCCAGAGACAACAAUAGCUCCUUUAGAGACCCGAAGCAGCCCUUUCAUCCCUAUGAUUUCACCAAGUUCUAGUCAAGAGGAUCUACAAACCACUCUGGCAGAAACAGACCAACCCACCCAAGAGCUCUUCACGACUAAGAUUCCACGAACAACUGAGUCAGCAAAGACAACUCGGGCACCACAUAGAUUGUACACUACUCCUGGGAGGCCCAAAAUACCAGAAAAACCACCCCUCAGACCUGUUCUGAAUAAAACAACUACAAGACCUACUAGACCCAAACCCAAUGGGAUGCCCAAAGGGAAUGAGAUGGGAACAGGAGUCAAGCAACCACCAAAGCCAUCGGGUGCUGGUAGAAAUGCGUCCGUGGACUCUACCCACUUCACAAAAAAACCAGCCACAAUUCCAGGCACUCGCCGCCCACCCUUGCCUCCUAGACCUACGCCCCCUCGAAGAAAACCAUUGCCACCAAAUAAUGUCACUGGCAAGCCAGGAAGUGCAGGGAUCAUUUCAUCAGGCCUAGGAACUUCCCCACCCCUGAGGGCAACACUCAGGCCUACCGGACCCACCUCAGAGAGAACAGAGAGAGACAAAAAGGAACCAACAGCUCCCGCCUCAGGAGAAGAUCUUGGUGAUAUAACUGACUUUAGCUCAAGUCCAACAAGAGAAACUGAUCCUCUUGGGAAGCCCAGAUUCAAAGGGCCUCAUGUGCGAUACAUUCAGAAGCCUGACAACAGGCCCUGCUCCAUCACCGACUCCAUCAAACGGUUCCCCAAAGAGGAGCCCCCAGAGGGGAACGCCACCAGCCCACCGCAGAACCCACCCUCCAACCUCACUGUGGUCACCGUGGAAGGAUGCCCCUCAUUUGUCAUCUUGGACUGGGAAAAGCCACCCAAUGACACUGUCACUGAAUAUGAAGUUAUAUCCAGAGAAAAUGGGUCAUUCAGUGGGAAGAACAAGUCCAUUCAAAUUACAAAUCAAACCUUCUCCACCGUAGAAAAUCUAAAGCCAAACACGAGCUAUGAAUUCCAGGUGAAACCAAAAAACCCACUUGGAGAAGGCCCACCCAGCACCACAGUGGCAUUCAGUACUGAAUCAGCGGAUCCGAGAGUGAGCGAGCCAGUUUCUGGAGGAAGAGAUGCCAUCUGGACAGAAAGACCCUUUGAUUCAGACUCUUACUCAGAAUGUAAAGGCAAACAGUAUGUCAAAAGGACUUGGUAUAAAAAGUUUGUAGGGGUGCAGCUAUGCAACUCUCUUAGAUACAAGAUUUAUCUGAGCGACUCCCUCACAGGAAAAUUUUAUAACAUAGGCGAUCAGAGAGGCCAUGGAGAAGAUCACUGCCAAUUUGUGGACUCAUUUUUAGAUGGACGCACAGGACAGCAACUGACUUCUGAGCAGUUACCCACAAAAGAAGGCUAUUUCAGAGCAGUUCGCCAGGAACCUGUCCAAUUUGGAGAAAUCGGUGGUCACACCCAAAUCAACUACGUUCAGUGGUAUGAAUGUGGGACCACAAUUCCUGGAAAAUGGUAGACGCUGCAAUCGUGUUCACAAGUGCCUUGUUUCAACGUGGCAAAAAAAUAAUUGCAAACACUAUGGUAUUUGUCACAUUCAUUUAAAGCUGUUCUGUUUACUAUGUAUAAAAGUUUAAAAUCUAAUUGAUAGCAAUAUUAGAUGUUUUUAUUAGAAAAAUUGCUGAGAAUAUUUAUCAGGUUUUAAAAAGUCAUUUUAAUAAAGCAAGAUAUUAACAGAGUAACAUUUUUCUGGGGAAGCUGGCUCCCUAUUCAUGGUAUUUUAAGAGAUUUUUUGUAUAUUAUUUAUCACAAUGUUGUAAUGUUUUGAGAUACUUUUAUAACAAAAUUAACAUCAAGAACUAAUAUACUUUUUUAAAAAUGUUUACUUUUAUUAAUGUGUAUUCUUCCUACUGGUGAGUUAAUUCCAUAAAUCUCUCUUUGGUUUAACUUAUUAGAUCAGAUUAACUUCAGCAUAUAUAUCUGGGGGUAAAAUUCACAUGUUUAUUUAAACUUCAGUUUUUUAGCAAUAGCUGAAUAUCUUUUCUGAAUGUUUAAAUAAACAUUCAUGUGAAUAUACAUUGCCUCAAAUAUUUUUAAAUUAUUAAAAAGGUUUAGUUUCAAUAAGUAAAUUUCAUUUCAGCUAAAAAUAGAAUUGAGAAUGACAUAUUGUUUCAAAAAUACACACUUUUUCUUACUAUACUCAAUUAUAUAUUACAAUAUCUGAAUAUACUUGGUCAAACUAUUCCUUUAAGCAACUGUCUUUGUACUGUUUUUAAUAUAAUUCUAAACAAGUUGUAUGAAGAAACUGAAUGUGAAGUCUGAGCUCAAAAAGAUAACAGAUGAGAUCGCUACCAUUUUACAGGAUAUUUACUACAUUUUUACACAUAAGACUUCUAGGAAUGAAUGUAUCAGAAGAUGUUUUCAGUCUAACUUAACCUGUACUGACUCAGACUCACUUUUAUUUAAAAAGGUAUUUUCCUCAUUUGGAGAGGGAGGUGGGGAUGCUGCAUUGUUGGCCUCAUUCUGAGAGGAUCCUUUCAACAUGCUUCAAUUUUAUCAAUGCUACAUUCUGUACUUUUCAAACAAGUAGAAACUGCAAUAAAGAAAUGUAGUGUUUUUUUAA